CGUACGGUCACUUUCAAAGGUAAAGCAACCCAAAGUACGACGUCGUUUUGCAUGGCGGUUCUCGAGCUCGCUCAAUCUCCGAGUUGAAAGCUUCUCAGACUCGGCGACUGUGGCUGAAGAUCGCAGCCAAAUUAUCGGGGUUUGAUCGCCGAUGGAGGGAAUCGGAUCCAGAUUGGGCCGCGCCUCCUCCCGCUACGGUCCGGCCGCCACCGUCUUCAACGGCCCCGUUCGGAAGUGGAAGAAGAAGUGGGUCUUAGCUUCUUCUUCUUCCUCCGGCCUCUCCUACCAGCCCUCCUCUCACUCCCAAUCCAACGCCCACAAGCUUCUUCUCUGCCGCUGGACGCCGAUUCCUCCGCCUCCUUCCACGGAAACCGAUGGACCCACCGCGCCGCCCGACGAGCCGCCCAGACGCAAGUUCCGUUACACUCCUAUUGCUGUGCUGGAGGAACAGAAGAAUGCAGAAUUGAGAAGUGUUAAGGAUGAAGUUAGAAUGAAAGAAAUCGACCAGGCGGCGGUGUUCACCGCAACUGUGAGCAAUGAGACUCAUGGAGAGCUGAAUGUCAAUGAGGUUUUCAAGGAAGAAACUCAGGAAACGAGCAAGAUUCUGAACAGCCCACGCAAUGCAAACAAGAACCGUUUAGAUUUGGCAUUGUGCUUGAAUGGUGGGAACCAGAACCAAGAAUCUGCUGGUAAGAGCUCUUAACAUCUCAAAGAAUACCGAGCUUAAGUCGGUUCUACCGCAUGGACAAUCGUAUAACAUGAAUUAUAGUCUCUAAUGUAAUAGUGUGUCAUCCAGUAGCAGCUUGGAAGAACAAGUGCCUGUUUGUAUAUGAUGUAGGGUUAGUGGGGGAUGGAUCAGUAUAUAUAUAAUGUAGCAGAACCUUGUGGGAAUUUGCUUGUUGUGGAAGGUGUAAUAUUCUCCCUGAAAAAUGUGCAAUCAGAAUGCUGUUGGAAGAAACUGCCCAGAUUUUUUUUGGGGAUUUUCUUUCUUUUAAGGGAAGUAUGUUCAUAAAAAUGUUCAUAUAAAUGUUAAAAUUGAAGAUGCUAGAGGCCUUUGUGGACGAUAAAGAGAAGCUGUCCAGUCUCAUAAAAAGCUCAGAAGAAAUUUGAAAAUUGAAACUUGUAGACAUGUUUGAUGUC